UGCGGCUGAGGGGGGUGGCAGGGGCAUUUGCUGCUAAUGAAAUUGUCAACGGCCUCUGUUCUAGCUGAAUAUUGGCAACAUAUUUUGUAUGUUUGACACAUCUCGGAGCAUCUUCUGACGGUCAUCAUGUCUUUGGAGUGUGUUGGGAUGGUAAAUACAUUUCGAGAGGCCGGGAAUAGCUGAAGAAAUUUUAACCAAGCAGACUGAAUUUGUUCGUGACACAGGUGGAUGAUUCUUGGAAUAACGUUAAGUUAGCUAUCUUGGAUUCGAAACGUCUGGAGAAAAACACCAAACGCGGAUGUAAAUUAGAAGUAUUGACAAAACGAACAAACUACCUUUACUGGGAAGAUUACAUUUGUCAAAUGUCCUCAUAGCCAGUCCAAUUUAGUUUCAGAAUCAGAUAUUGACCAUUUGGCUUGUUAGCUAGCUAACGUUUGCUAGCUAAUUAAAGCGUCCUUCAAGAUUUGAGAGUGGGGAUGUUUGGAAGCAUUAAGUCAAUGUUAUUAAACAUGUCAGUCAGUAAGCAAGCCUAACUAUUUCAAAUGGACAUGCCUUAUGUAAAAAGAGUCAAGUGUUGAUAACUAGCCAAGUUAGCUAGAAAGCUAUUUAUUUACUCACUCCAAGGUUGGCGUAUUUUCAUACACUGGCACUGUCAAGCACAACGUAUAUCGCAUUGGCUAAAAGCUAGCUGGCUAGCCUGUUACAAUGGUCACACUUUGCAACCAAAUUGUGGAUAACAUUUUGGACCUUGUUAGCACAUGUUAACUAUUUAAAAUAACUUUAACGCGUUCUUGGUAUUUAUUGCAUCCAAUUUCUAGCAUGAAUCCCAUGUUAUGCUAAAUAUUUUCUAACUGAUGUGUUCGGCAGUCAGUUGUGUAAGCAAGAAGGUCCCCUCGCGUUAGUCCCAAUGCUGGAGAUGGGGACAAUGAAUGAGUGUUUUAGAUAACACGCUAAAUUGAUCAAGUCACAUACUAUUACAGGAACUCAUCUUUUUGUGUGUGAUAGCGCUUCAUGUUUUUUUGUGAAUUAUAAAGACCUUUUAUGACGUUAGCCUGUUGCCUCAGUAAUAUGUUGCUUCUUAGAACAUUUCUAUUUAAUUUUAGCGCUAUUUUGAUAAGUCACAUGUCACCAAUGUAUUUGUUGAAUUCCCCCCCAAAAAGUUCGUAAUUCUAUGGAAUUAAUUAUAAAUUAAUCUGAAAAUGCAAAUUUGUCUAGUUGACAACAUUUAAAAAGUGCAUGCUUAGACGGGGUAAAUGCAUGAGUCGUGGAUCAUUUAGGCAACAGCUAUGGGAAGUAGACAAAUCAAUAAAUAUGGGGAGUACACUGGUUUUAAGCACUAAGGUGUUUACACAGUGCUAAAAUGUCAUAAAUUCAGAACGAGACAGUGAAGGCAGGAGUUUUAUUUACCAUGCAAAAUCUGCCCAUGGAUCUCGUCAAGGACGUUGACUACCAUGUGUAGAAUAACAAUAUUGAAAUUGAGGAAGAAUUGGAUGUUGGCUUUGAAAUAAAUGUAUAAUUUUCUAGUUUACUCAGGAAUUAGCUAUCUACUCAAAUGGAACAUACGCUGAUGUCUAGCCCUCUGGGGUAUUCAGAGUGGGAUCCAGAACGCAUACCCUCCCAUGGAUUCCUCCUCAUGGAUUCAGACAAAGGAGCCAUACUGCCUCAGAGAGAAAGUGGUCAGACAGGUUUGGAUUUCCAGAAAGUUGACCAGGGUGUAUCUCUAAGCCUGGAAGAGCUUUUUCAGGAGAACGCCUUAAAUUUAGAUAACCUUUUCAGGACCUCCAGUUACUCUGGUGGAGACCAGAUCUUGCCCUGGGAGGGAUGUCAAUCUAAUCAUUCCCAAGAUGUUCCCCUGGGUAAACCAGCAGAGGUAUCGCCUCUCAAAGACAAAAUUGAGGAACAAAACAAUGUCAGUGACAGUCCACUACCUGGGCUGUUAUUCUCCAAAAUGGCUAAUUUGUUCAGGGACAUCUCAGCCUGCGACGAACAAAAUCCACCUGUGGGUGACAGAGACCCUGUUACCUGUCACAGGGAGCUGAUAACCCUCAGUGAACCUCCUUCCACUGUGAAGGUUUCAGAUAGGACUCCAGAUACUAACACUGAGGCGUCCUCUUUGUUGGUAGUUCACCUCUUAUCUGAACACUCCCCUUUUCCCUCCGGCCCUGCUCCUUCAGGUGAGGUAAACCCACAGGGUGUCAGUGAGAAGCUUUUAUUUCCAUCUCUGGGUCAGGACAGAGGCCAACCUCCUCCCUUACAAGGUGGGGAGACUGUGCCACCUGAAAAUGGGGACAAAGGUUUAUUCCUAGGACCUGUGACUGAUCUGCCCACAGUCAGUAACAUUACCUCAGAAGGUUUACCUGAGAGCAGCCUCUCACACAACACCAUCCCUUUUGACCGCCCUAGCCUAUCUCCAGAGGUUCAGGUGGGAUCUGUGCCUUUGGUGGAUCUGGAGGUUCCCGACUGUGGCCCCAGCCUCUGCCCUACUCAUCUCGACUCACCUACCUGCACAGGUGCUCCAUCAGAUUCAACUUCAGAGGAUUCAGAGCAGGAACACACGUUGGCUACUGCAAUCCUGACUCUCUCAGACCACAGAGGUGAGGGGGACUCGUCCCUCCUUCUGAACUCCUCACCAUUGAUUGAUCCCCUGUUGCCAAAGGUACUCUCUGACAGGGAUGCUUCUAUCCUGGGUCACCUGCCCAGUGGCUGUAGCUCAGAGAAGAAUGGCUCCCAGGAUUUGAUGGAAGACAAAAUUAUCUUUGAUGUUACUAAACAUAAGGGAGAGGAGGAAAUGGCUCUGGAUCAGUGCAUUACCUCAGACGCGCUACGUGAUGAGGAAACUUUGGACUUGAAUCCACCCGAGGCUUUACAGGGUGACGGUAUUCCUGCUUUACAAACUGAACAGAGCGAUGGGGAAAAGUUGGCAGACUUGGACCUAUUUGCCAGACCCACAGAUUGUCACAAACGGGAUAGUUUUGAUUGCCUGGUUCUGGAGUUAAAUGGUUCGUCUUCUGAGUCUAGAUGGACAGGUGAACAAGCAGUGGAGAAUCUGUCAUUCUCUAAGAUGGUGGGGUCUGACUCCAUGCCUGUGGUUCCCAUAGUGAAUCGGAGCGAGGAAGACCCGUCACCUCUGAAAGCUGUGUUUGAUGCUCUGGACCAGGAUGGGGAUGGAUUUGUACGCAUUGAGGAGUUUAUGGAGUUUGCUGCUGCCUAUGGGGCUGACCAGGUGAAGGAUCUGACCAAGUUCCUGGAUCCCAGUGGGCUGGGGGUGAUCAGCUUUGAGGACUUCUAUCGAGGAAUAACGGCCAUCAGCAAUGGAAGUACAGAGCCCCAGCUCUACGAUGUGCACUUCAGCCCAGGGGACGGAGCAGUGGGCUGCCCAGAGGAGUACGAUGAGCAGAACGAGGUGACGGAUAGUGCCUACCUGGGCUCGGAGAGCACCUACAGCGAGUGUGAGAUGUUCACCGACGAAGACACGGGAGCCCUAGUCCAGCCAGAGAUGCACGAGGAUGUGGAGACGGACAGUGGCAUCGACGCAACGCUGCACGACCCCGAGGACAGCCACAACAGGUUCUCCUUGAGCUCAGAGCUGCACAGCCUCUCCCUGGUGACAGUGAUCGGCAGGGAGGAGGAGCACUUUGAGGACUUUGGGGAGAGCAACACCUCGGAGCUGCUGCUGGACACCACUGAGGAGGGGACAGACGGAGAGGGUGACUCGUCCCACCUCCAGACCCUGGACCAGAACAACUGCAACUCCCUGCUACUCUCUCCCAGCGCCCCAACUACUCUCCCUGCAAGCUUUCAGAGCUUCCUUAGGGAGGAGGCGCUGGACUUUUUCUGUAACCAAUGUCACAAACAAAUCUCUCGCCUGGAGGACCUCUCCACUCGCCUCAAUUUCCUAGAGAUGAAUAGCUCCAGCAAGAGGCUGUCCAGCAAGAAAGUAGCACGACACCUCCGGAACAGCUCCAUGACGCUGGACAGCAUGGGCGAACUGUCCCGGGACAUACUGGAUCUGGCCGACACCGACAUCACUGAGAAGGUGCUCCUGCUGGAGCGUCGCGCAGCAGAGCUGGAGAAGGACUCGGAGGCCAGCGGGGAGCAGCACACGCGGCUCCGCCAGGAGAACCUGCAGCUUGUGCACCGGGCCAAUGCCCUAGAGGAGCAGCUCAAGGAGCAGGAGCUCCAUGCUGAGGACCACCUCCACCAGGAGACCCGCCGCCACAAAGAUGCCCUCUCCAAGCUGGAGCGGGAGAGGAGCCUGGAGCUGGAGAACCUGCAAGCUAGGCUGCAGCAGCUGGAUGAGGAAAACAGUAAGCUGAGGUCCUGUGUACCCUGUUACCGUGCCAACAUUGAGAGACUAGAGGAGGAGAAGAGGAAGCUAGAGGAUGAGGUGGAGGAUGUGACUGAGAGACUGAACGAGGAGCUGGAAACCCGCAGGAAGACGUCCGACAAGCUGACCCACGAACGCCACCAGAACCAGAAGGAGAAGGAGCACACGCAGGAGCUGAUUGAGGACCUGCGGAAGCAGCUGGAGCACCUACAGCUGUACAAGCUGGAGGCAGAGGCCAGGAGGGGGCUCUCUCCCAGUGCCGGGCUGCAAGAGUACCAGAGUCGCACACGUGAGGCCGAGCUGGAGCAGGAGAUCCGACGCCUCAAGCAAGACAACCGCAGUCUGAAAGAGCAGAACGACGAGCUAAACGGCCAGAUCAUCAACCUGAGCAUCCAGGGAGCCAAGAACCUGGUGACGGCCUCCUUCUCCGAGUCGCUGGCGGCCGAGAUCAACUCUGUGUCCCGGGGAGAGUUGAUGGAAGCCAUCCGCAAGCAGGAGGACGUCAACUUCCGACUACAGGACUACAUCGACCGCAUCAUUGUGGCCAUCAUGGAGUCCAACCCCUCCAUUCUGGAGGUCAAGUACUAGAGGCGGCCAUCUUGGAACAGGGCAGCCUGGCGGUCUCUCCACCUCACUUGACUGCCAUACUGGGAGAGACUGGCUAAACACUUAAAGACUGACUGCUGGGACUGACCACAAAUAUACAGUACCAGUGAAAAGUUUCGACACACCAACUCAUUCAAGGUUUUUUCAAAACUAUGAAAUAACACAAAUGGAAUCAUGUCAUAUGUAAAAAAAAGUGUUAAACAAAUCAAAAUAU